UCCAUGAAAGAAGGAAAACCAUCUUCAUCUGUCAUAAACUCACCGUCCGUUGUUUGAAGCUUUAAUUUCUUGUUGGUUGAUAGAUUCCCGUUUUUUACACUGAAAACUAACGAUUCGUUUACGUUUCUCAAUUUUUAUAUAUUUACACGGUAAAUUUGACACGAUGAAUGAAAACAUGAAGCCGAAGGGAACAUCGUUUACUUUCCCAUGUAAAGACGUUGUCACGUGUGUAGAGUUCUGCCCGUACGAAGCUGCAUCUCAACUCAUUGCAUUUGGUGGUCAGUUAAGAAUCAAUGUUGGUGCCUGCAGAUUUCAGGAAGAAGACAAAACAGUUGAAGGAUUUGACUACAAACACCUGAGAGAUUUUCAUCAUGAUACUCAGGUUGUUGCAAUCUCAUGGAGUCCAGAAACAUCCCUAGAAGUCUUGCCAAGAUGCAUCAGAUUCUGCACUGCUGGAGCAGAUUACAAAAUCCGACUGUUUUCCUCUGAUAUGAAAGAACAAGACGUCAUGGAGUUAUUUGAAGGUCAUUCUGAUCACAUCAAUGAUGUAGCCUUUGAGCCGACUGAAGGGCAGCUGAUAGCCAGUGUAAGCGAUGACCAUACAUGCCGUGUAUGGGACAUGGAGGGUACACAGAAGAUCUGUUUUGCAUUGAAAGCCGCCGGUAUGUCAGCAUGUUGGAACUCUCAGGACCCCAUGAAGUUAAUGGUUGCUGAGAAGCGUGGCACCAUUCGGUUCUACGAUCUUGUGAACCAACAACCAAUCAUGUCACUGGAUGCUGGCCAUGUGAUGUUGAAGUCUGCCGAUUGGUGCCCGUGUGACCCUACCAGGGUCGGAGCAGCUGUGGAGGGGGAAUGGAUGAUUUGGGAUAUCACAAGAUCAAGUCGCUCGGAAGACCAUCAGCAGGCUCACACAGAAGGUGCAAGACAGUUCCGCUGGUCUCGCGUUAACGAGAACUUAUUUGCGACGACUGGUCGUCCUGGCAACCAGGUGAAAAUAUUCCACAUGGGACACCAUCAGGUCCCAGUGAGCAGUGAUCUACAAGUGCUGGGUGGGUUGACAUGGCAUGCAUUCCUUCCUGUUUGUGCUGUUGGAAGCAACAGAAAAAUACAUCUCUGGAUUGCAGAGGCAUGAACAACUUAGUAUUUUUAUGGAAUAUUUUUGUGAAACACAGUGCGCCCUGUACAGUUUGCUUAGGAUACCAUUUUCGCAGUUCAGGUCUACAGGUUUGUAGUUCUCCUGCAGGGCCAGCUGCAUGACCCUGAUUGUUCAUGGCGUGACACCCUCUUAGACCCGGUCCUCAAAGAAGCUCGGUGUUUCUCCGGUUUGGAAUUCCACUGGUUGUGGCUUCGGUCACUGAAGCAUAUCGCUUAUAUGAGGCCUGUGGUUUCUGGCUCGUGGGUCACACAAAAGACAGCUUAAAGGGAAGGUACACUAUUAGUAAUUACUCAAAAUAUUAACGUAAAAACUGAGCAUUGGAGAGCUGUUGA